AAAUUGUCCAGCAGAAAGAAAAAAAAUGUGUGCAAAUUGUUGAAAAUGAGAAUGAAACAAGCAUGUUUUUGGAUAGAAAAGUGUACAAGCGGCUUUAAGAAAUUGAAAUGGUAGUGAAAAUCGUUAGUAUGUUUGCUAAAAAGCAGUUAAACUUGUUGAAUUUGUACGGCGUCGUCUGUGUAUGACUCCGCCCAGCGCCCCCCCUUGCCAUAAAUACCUAUGAAAAACCUGCUGCUGUCUGCUAUAAUUACAGUUAGACACUAAAAUAGCUACACGGGCAGAUAAUUAAGGAACACAGCCAACGACUGCACCGCCAGUGCAUAUAGAGUGUAACUGUGUGUGCACGAACGCCUACACACUGUGAAGGGAAGCAAUUGCAAUGGAAAACGAGUCCGUUAAAUCUGAACAAAGUGGACGCUCCAGACGGUCUCGAAAUCACAACAAUAAUAGCAGCAGCGCUGGUGGUGGAGGCAGUAUAAACAACGGAUACCAUAGAGAUCGUAACCGUCACUCACAUCGUAGUACGCACUCUUCGAAGUCGGGAAAGAGUGGAUUUCAGCGUAGUGAUAUGGCGCCUUAUCAAACAAGCGUGAAUAUGACAGGUGAGGAAUCUCGCGACGGCCAGGAAGUCAUCGAGGUGCAAAUCCUGCCCCAAGAUGAAAACUGGGGAGAAAACACUACGGCCGUUACAGGCAACACUUCGGAGCAGAGCAUAUCGAUGGAGGAUAUCAACAACAUGUGGCACCGUGAGAACGACAAGGGAUUUGGCUUCGCCUGUCGCCGUUAUGUUGAAUCGACUUUUUACUUCUUGUUGGGCUGUGCUGCAUUUUUUUCCCCAGUCGCAAUGGUUGUUAUGCCACGGCUUGGGUUCUUCCCAUCGGCUUUUGACCAUCCCGAGCUAACCCAGACAGUGCGUACCCAAUUACUUGCAUGCAGCGAACAAUGCAAAGGACAACUGGUUUCUUUGGUCGCCCGCUUGCUGUUACUUGCUAUUGGCUUGUGGGCGUUGUUUAUGCGACGCACCUCCGCAAGUAUGCCACGCAUAUUUCUUUACCGAGCCAUCGUUCUGUUGCUGGUCACAAUAUGCACAUUUGCUUAUUGGCUCUUCUACAUUGUGCAGGUCACAAAUGGAGCAAAAAUUGUAGUUGAAACUGGUGGCGAUGCUGUCGAUUAUAAGUCCUUGGUGGCUUAUUCGACUAACCUUGUUGAUACGCUGAUCUUUAUCCACUAUGUUGCUGUGGUUCUAUUGGAAUUACGGCAUCAGGAACCACGUUAUUACGUGAAAAUAAUUCGCUCUCCUGAUGGUGUUUCGCGGUCUUAUAUGCUUGGCCAACUAAGCAUUCAGCGUGCUGCGGUUUGGGUGCUUCAAAACUACUACGUGGAUUUCCCCAUUUUCAAUCCGUAUCUGGAGCGCAUACCAAUCUCUAAGUCGCAACGCAACAAAAUAUCUACCAGCUUCAAGUACUACGAGGUUGAUGGUGUUAGCAAUGCUCAGCAGCAGAGCCAAAGUCGUGCUGUUCUGGCAGCGAAUGCACGGCGUCGUGAUUCUUCGCAUAAUGAAAGGUUUUACGAGGAGCACGAAUAUGAGCGACGGGUAAAAAAGCGCCGAGCACGUCUCAUCACCGCAGCCGAAGAAGCUUUCACACAUAUCAAACGCAUACACAACGAACCGGCGCCAGCACUUCCGCUCGAUCCACAGGAAGCAGCUCAAGCAGUAUUUCCAUCAAUGGCACGUGCUUUGCAGAAAUAUCUACGGAUAACCCGUCAGCAACCACGACACACCUUUGAAAGCAUUCUGAAGCACUUGGCGCACUGCCUCAAACAUGACUUGUCUCCCCGAGCAUUUCUGGAGCCAUAUCUGACUGAAUCGCCAGUAAUGCAAAGUGAAAAGGAACGGCGUUGGGUGCAGAUGUGGGCAUUAGUAAGCGAAGAGAUAGUUUCGCGGCCCAUCUUUAAUGAGUGUACGUUCCAAUUGAUUCAAAAUGAUAUAUCCUUAAUGGUCAAGGUGCAUACCUUGCCCUUUUUUAAUAUCACAGAGGAAAUAUUUGACCCUAUAAGAAGCAAUAAGUUUGUUUUAAAAUUAAACUCUGAAACGUCCGUAUGACAUAACAAUCUACUUAAUGUAAGAACACCGCCUAUAGUAACGCCCACGCACAGCAAUCAAACACAAUCGUCGUACUUGCAUGUUUUUGUCUGAGGGAUAUCAGCAUUUAUCUUAAGUUAGACCUUCAUUUUAGUUGAAUGGUACAUAUAAAGUUUGAUUUUAACUUUAACAGACACUUUUAUAUACAUAUGAAUGCAAAAUAUCAAAAAGUGCUCAAGCCCAGUGAAUCCUAAAAAACCAACACAUAUCACAUGUCCCUUUAAAACAGAAUGUCUCUCAAGUUCCCAAAGUUGUAAUCGUAAGAAUGGAGAUCGUUUCCGAAAUAGCUUCUUGUAUGAUCGCGUUUCAAUAUACACUUUUAAAUUUUAGAAAAUAAUUAGUGAUAAGUAAUUUACCGAAAAGAAUAACUUCAUGGGCAGUAGAAGGUGGAGGAAAGUAUAGGUUUUCGAAUAAGACUUGCGUAAACAGUGUUGGUCUAAAUGCAAUUCUGAUACUGUUUGCGCGACUCGUACAGUUAGAGAUGACGAUAAUGCUGUAAAGUUUUGUGGUACUAAAAAAAACAAAGAAAGCUCCUACCAUUUGUUCCACUUAUAGGCAGAGAUUCCAUAAAUAUAUCUCAGUUACGAUAAAUCCAGAAUUCAUGAAGUUUUGGAAAUUGGUAAAAAUUUCUCCCUAAAUUGACAAAUGGUUGAAAACCUGGUAGGGAUAAACUAUGACAUAGCUCUUGUAAGGAGUAGUUUUCACCGAUUUCUGUAACAUUCCUGAAUGUAAAUUCGAAUACAGAAACAAAUUAUGACAAAUAAGUAAAGCAAGAGACUGCAAAAUUGCAUUUUUAUACAGAAAAAUUGCCAACUACUAUGUGCGAAUAAGAAGUGCAUUUCCACAUAUACAAACAUAUGUACUUAUUUUUAGAUAAGAAAUUUUAAUCAUUAAGUCAUACAUGUACACACAUAUGUAAAUGCAAAAACGUAUGUACGUAGAGCACUUUUAUUCAUCUUUAUCGCAGAAUUUUAUUUCCAUUUCUAGCUAAAUGCUUUAUCAUGUUUUUUUAAUUUACAAAAUAACAAUGCAUAUGCCUAUUAAAAUAAGCAAUUUUACACAAUUCGUAUUAUACUUGUACUAAGUAAUGUGCUGGCGUAACUCCUAAACAAUAGCUAAUUUCAAACUUUUAUUACAUGAAAAGGUAUGGUUUACCUUUAGGAAAGCAUUGUUAAAGGAAACCCAAAUUGUAUUUGCCAGUAUUUAACUUAUGAAACAGCCGCAUGUCGUAUAAAUA